UUUUUAUAAACAUUCGUAUACAUUUACACAUUUUUUUAAUGAGUGAAUCUUCACCAUUAGUGGCUAAUACAACUACUACAGCAUCCUCACAACAACAACAACAACUCGUAACCAGCCUUACAACUGGUUUAUCAUACAGACGAUAUUACCGACCUUAUUUCACUAAACAGCAAUUAGCCAUUUUAUCCAGUUUAAAAAAAGCGGGACCAUUAUCUAUUGUAAAAGAAGCCAAUGCACGACAAUCCUAUUGUAAAUUUAUUCAAGAUGUUGGAAAGAAACUUGGAUUUCCACAAAAGACGAUUAGUACCUCACAAGCUCUAUAUCAUCGAUUCUAUCUUUAUUAUUCAUUAAGAGAUUAUUCACCACAAGACAUUAGUGUGACAUGCUUAUUUGUUGCUUCUAAAAUUGAAGAAACCCAUAAAAAGUUAAAAGACAUUAUUGUUGCUGUUCAUAGUGUAAGAUAUCCAGAUAGUAAAGAACUUGAUCCAGAACAUAUAUCUGAAGAACGUCGACGUAAGAUUAUUAGUCAUGAAAAACUUUUGUUAGAAGUACUUUGUUUCAAUUUUCAACUAAAGCAUCCAUACGAAUACAUUAUUAAAUUUAUUAAAUGGAUACAAGCUUCUCAAACUUCUUUGGAUGGUAAAAGAUUAGCCAAGAAAGCAUAUAAUUUAGCAGUAGACAGUUAUAGAACACCACUUUGCCUUGAAUACCCUGCACAUACGAUUGCUGCUGGAUGUAUCUAUCUUGCUUCACGUCUUUUAACACAACAAGAUAAAUCAUGUGUAGGUCUAUCGAGGACUGAAUGUUGGGAUUCUCAUUUUCUAUCACGCAUGGAAGAUAUUGAAGGUAAGAAGAAGAAGGAAAACAUGUUUAUAUAUAGUUAUAUAGUUAUAAAUGUAUAUGUGUAUAUUUAUAUGUGCAUGCAUAUGUAUCUGUCCUGGUUUAGAUGUCUGUCAACAAUUACUUGACUUGUACAUUUCAAUAAAUUCAAAUCGAGAUGAUAUUGUCUCUGAAUAUACAAAGAUUAAAAUUGAAUUAAAUGAACAAGCACAACAAAGAGGUGUGGAUCCUCUUUUAAAUGAAGAAUUAAUGACAAACAGCAAGCCUUCCUCUCGACUUGAAUUCACAUCUACAAAUCCAUUAGAUAUCGUGAAUACAAAUCAACAUACUGUUUCUUAUCAUUUUUCAACUUUAUAACUAAAUUAUGAUUAUGAUUAUUUUUAUUAUUUAUGUGUAUAUGUAUAUGUAUAUGAAUAUAAAAAAAAA